AUGGCGGGAAAUGAGACUUGUGAUGAGUUUCGUCAUCUUUUUUCUCAACUCAAUCAAUAUUUCCGGGACCAUCAGGUUUUUAAUGGUACUGAAUAUGCUCCAAAAGAGGUAGGAUUAUUUGGAGACAAAUUUUCCUACAGUAAUCUAAAUUUUGCAGCUUGGCUACAUGAUAACAAUAGCCUAUACACUAAUUAUCAUAAUUGGAGCAGUCGGAAAUUUUUUGACAAUCUUAGUAGUUGUCCUAAAUCCAGCAAUGCGAACAACAAGAAACUUUUUCAUUCUAAAUUUGGCACUUUCCGACUUUUUUGUGAGUUUUUUAGAUGGUGUAGAAAGAUAGAAAAUCAAUCAAAAAAAUAUUUCAGGUUUGCACGGUUACUGCACCAAUCACAUUAUACACUGUGAUCUACGUGUUUUGGCCAUUUUCGCGGACAUUUUGUAAAAUUGCUGGAAGUCUACAGGGUUUCAAUAUUUUCUUGUCAACUUUUUCGAUCGCUUCAAUCGCAUUGGACAGGUGACACUUUUUGCAGAAAUGCAGACCGUUAGACGCAGACCGUUGUUUGUAGACCGCUAAUCGCAGACCGUUAAAUGCAGACCGUUAAACGCAGACCGCUAAUCGCAGACCGUUAAAUGCAGACCGUUAGACGCAGACCGUUAGACGCAGACCGUUCAAUGCAGACCAUUAAAUGCAGACCGUUGUUUGCAAACCGGUCUUUCCAGACUUUUCCGAUUUUCAGAAUAAAACUAAUAUUUCCAGAUACGUCUUCAUCAUCUUCCCAACAAAACGCGAACGUCAACAAAACCUUGCCAUUUGCUUUUUUGUAAUGAUUUGGAUAACUUCACUGAUUUUAGCUGUCCCUUUACAUCAAGCCUCAGAUGUUCUUCAAGUUUGGGAAAACAAAGAUUGUAAUAUGUAUAUGUUCAUUUGUCAUGAACAAAAUGCAAUUUGGGAAACGGUAAGUCAGGCUAAAUAUGUGAAAAUAAUAAUUAGUCAAAUUUUCGUCACUAAAACCAAAAUGAAAUGACGAACCUAAUCAAGUAUUUUUAGACAGAAAAACAAAAUGACGUGAUUUUUUUCCAGAUGAUUAUCUCGAAAUCCACAUAUACUUUGUCAGUUCUGGUAACUCAAUAUGCAUUCCCUUUGUCUUCACUGGUUUUUGCCUACUCCAGAAUUGCAAACCGGAUGAAACUUCGAUUUACAAAUCGAGCUCCAACUUUUCCAAAUGGACUUAACAUGAGUCAAAGGCGCAGGUUUGUAAAAAAUAGUGCUCUAAUUUUUGACGCCAAGAUUUCUACAGUAAUCCUUUAUUUUUACAGAUCUGUGGUUGAACGACAGCGUCGUACACAUCUACUUUUGAUGUGUGUUGUGGCAGUUUUCGCAAUCGCCUGGCUUCCACUAAAUGUUUUUCAUUUUGUAAGAUUUAUCGAUUUUUUUCCAAGAAAAAUAAAUUAAUGAUUCUGAUUUUCCAGAUCAACACCUUUGAAAUUGUCACAAGUUUUUCGGUCGCAACAUUUGGAAUCUGUCAUUGUUUGGCUAUGUGUUCAGCCUGCUUGAAUCCUUUGAUCUACGCAUUUUUCAAUCAAAAUUUCAGGACUGAAUUCAUUCGACUUUUUGAUAGAGCUGGAUUACGGUAUGCACCUCUAAGCAAAUACAUUUUUAGCCGAAAAAUUGCUAUUUUGUGGGAAUUCUCUAAAUUUUCGCUCAGAAAACAAUGCAAUGUUUACAAAAAUAUUUUUUUACAGCUCGAUUCGAAUGCUAAUUUUUGGCGAUAAUGAAUUGGGCCCAAAAAAACACACCAAAACCGAAUUCGAAAGUCGAACAUUGUGCAAGCCAAAUUUCGAAUCAUCAAAAAAUACGGCAGCUAUUGAAAAUAUAAAUUUAAGCUUAGAUGAAAAUGAUGAGCAAUUGUGA